CAUUCUCCCGCCCCGCAAGAGCGGAGACUGCAAGGCGCAUGCGUGAGAGCAGUUCGCGGCCCGGUCUGGAGAGUAGGGGAGUUCCGUUUGGUCCACCUGGAUUGAGGUCUCCAACAUGCCAGCCAAACGCUUGAACAAGAGAAAUCCUCCAGAAGAAAAUGCCACCACAGAAAGCAAAAAAGUAAAAGUCUUCCACAAGUCUCACCGAACAGAAGCAGGCUUGGUGCUGACCCUGGGCCAGGGGGACGUAGGCCAGCUGGGGCUUGGUGAGGACGUGAUGGAGAGGAAGCGGCCGGCCCUGGUCUCCAUGCCUGAAGGCAUCGUGCAGGCUGAGGCCGGAGGGAUGCACACCGUGUGUCUGGGCAAGAGUGGUCAAGUCUACACCUUUGGCUGCAAUGAUGAGGGUGCCCUCGGAAGGGACACCAGUGUAGAGGGAUCAGAAACCAUCCCAGGGGUAGUGAAUCUGUCGGAGAAGGUGGUGCAGGUUUCAGCUGGAGACAGUCACACCGCAGCACUGACUGAGGACGGGCGAGUUUUCCUCUGGGGCUCCUUCCGGGACAAUAAUGGAGUCAUUGGCCUCCUGGAGCCCAUGAAGAAAAGCAUGGUCCCUGUACAAGUCCAGCUCGAAGUACCUGUGAUCAAGGUGGCAUCGGGCAACGACCACCUGGUGAUGCUGACGGUGGACGGCAGCCUGUACACGUCUGGCUGUGGGGAGCAGGGCCAGCUGGGCCGGGUGCCCGAGUUCUUCGCCAACCGUGGGGGCCGGAAGGGCCUUGAGCGACUGCUGGUCCCCCAGUGUGUGCUGCUGAAGUCUAAGGGUCAGCGGGGCUCCGUCCUCUUCCAGGACGCUUUCUGCGGUGCCUAUUUCACCUUCGCUGUCAGCCGUGAGGGCCACGUUUACGGCUUUGGCCUUUCCAACUACCACCAGCUUGGUACUGCGAACACAGAGCCUUGCUUUGCUCCCCAGAAUCUAACGUCGUUCAAGAACUCUACCAAAUCCUGGGUGGGCUUCUCUGGUGGGCAGCAUCACACAGUUUGCUUGGACUCAGAAGGUAAAGUCUACAGCCUGGGCAGGGCUGAGUACGGGCGUCUGGGCCUCGGGGCAGGCGCCGAGGAGAAGAGCAGUCCAACUCUCAUUCCAAAACUGCCUCCCGCCUCAUCAGUUGCCUGCGGUGCCUCGGUUGGCUAUGCCGUAGCCAAGGAUGGCCGAGCGUUUGCCUGGGGAAUGGGCACCAACUUCCAGCUGGGCACAGGAGAGGAUGACGACGUCUGGAGCCCAGUGGUGAUGGCGGGCAAACAGCUGGAGAAUCGGGUCGUUCUGUCAGUGUCCAGUGGGGGGCAGCACACGGUCUUACUGGUCAGAAACAAGGAGCAGAGUUGAUGAAACCCUUAAUGAAACUGUCUGCUCUCCCUCCCCUCUCCUCCAUGGGAAAGAUAAGACUCCUUCGGCUGUCAGCAGAAAACCUCCAUCUACCUUUACCGGCCCCUCCAGCAGCAGAAAUGGAAUCUUGGCUCUUGUAGGGAAUCAUCUUGGGAACAUCAAGAUGAAGGAAUUGCGUUAAAAUACUCAAGGGAUGAAUGGAUGGACAUUUCCCACCUCAGAGCCGCUGCUCUCUUGUCUGUCUGAUCCUCAUCCCCCUUCAGGCCCCUUCACCCUGGCCUCCCUCGACUUUGGGUUCAUGUUCCUUGGAAGAAAGUGGGUGGAGCCCCCCCCCGGGUCCUGUCUCCCACUCUGCCUCCCCUCAUCCCCACCCCACCGCUGAGAAGUCGGUGCUUUCUCCCUGGGGGUGUCCAGUCCACAUGAUUUAAAGUCAUCAGAACACUCACAGUUGUUCAACUGGCUUUGUUCCCUCAGUCCCUGUAUCCACAGCUGUUAUCUCACCGGCCCCUUCCCCAUCCAUCUGGGGCUGUCAGUUAAGGACAAGGCUUACGCACUUGCCAGAAGGGGAACUGGACAGAGGUUGAUCCCCAGAACCUCAACCUUCCCCCAGGAAGAGGCCUGGCCGGGGCAAGAAAGACACUAGAUGGGUGGAUGGUGGGGCUGAGGUUGUGGACCUCUCCACUCCCCUUGGGCUCAUGGCUUCCUCCAGGACAGUGAAUGUUCAGGCCACAGAGGCGAGGCAACGCAAGGCAAGGCAGACCCAGCUGGCCAAGAAAUGGAAUCGCAUGGUGUUUCCCACACCCCAGGGAGGCCUAAGCAGUCCUAAUUCAUCCUGCCCCACAGACUGGUCUGAUGCCAUGCCACCCACUGACUUCUUGCAGCCAGAUUCCAAACACCAUGAAUGGAAAUCGUGUUUUUCUGGGAAGGAGAACUACCUUUUUAUAAAUUAAUUUAUAACAAUAUGAAAAUGGGAGGGGUAUGUAGGUAAGGGAGGUUGGGGGGCUGGUCCUUGAGGGAGGAGAACAUUAAUUUGUACAGUAGCUCAGAAAAUAGUUUGGUUUUUUUUUUAAAGAGUGUUUAAAGUAUUUUGGUCAGGGAGAGUAAGAGCUUUUAACACUGAAUAAAUUUUGAGGCGGUUUUUUUCUUUUUUUUUUUUUAAAGGAAUUGGUCUAUUUUCAUCUUUGCCUCCAUAAAGGGGUAAAGUUUGCAGUGAGGGCGGGGGAAGGGAGGAUUCUAUGUCUGUCUGAAUCUUAGCAUCUAAGAUGACUGAUUCUCUGGAUCUUUUGGCCUCAGAUGAGCUUUACAGACAGUCCUGGGGUUGGCAGUCCUUAAAAAUGAAUACCCCAUGAAGUCACUCUCUCUAGGGGCAUGCUUGUCUGGUGCUGCAGGGCCCAUCCUCAUUCAUUGCUCAGUUGGUACCUUAGCUUCCUGGGUAGUACCAUGGAAGCUCCAUCUUAGGUCAGAAGAUCUGGCUUAAGACUUUUGACCCUCACACUUGACUUUCUGUUUUUAGGCAAGUAUUUUUUACUUUUCUGGGCUUCAAUUUUCAUGAGAUCUAUCAUUUAGAACCAGAAGGCAUCAUCUAUUCUAAUCCCCUCAUUUUACAGGGGUAGAAACGGAGUCCUAGAGAAGUCUACUGCCUUAUCCAAGGUCACAGGUAAUCAUAGGUAGAGUUGGAAUUUGAACCCAGGGUCCACUGAAUCCAAGUCCUGAGCUAUUUUUCGCCUUUCCUAUGCUUUUCCUACUCUCAACAAUGGGGAUAACCAUAUUCAUCCCAUCUACCUAACAGGGAUGUUUAGAGGAUAGUUUAGAAACCGUAAAAUACCAUAUCUACCCAAGCUGUGGUUUAUCAUGGAGACAUAUGUUAACAAUAUCUGGCUAAGCAGGAGGAAGGUAGAUGCCACAAGUCAUGGGUGAGAUCGUAGCAUUUACAGCUAGAAGGGACCUUAGAUGUCCUUUAGAUCUAAUCCCAUCCCCCACAUUUUCCAAAGGAGGAAACUUUGUUUGCCGACAAACUCUGGGUCCAAAGUCCUGGAGGGCAUUCCAGCUGAGAAAUGCUCCUUUUGUAUAGAAUACUUAACUGAUGUGGGCAGCCAGCGGAGACUACAACUAAACCCAACCCCAGGAGAGAUGCCCAAUUCACCAAGAAAACUAAAGUCCAGUUGGUGGAUUUCAAAAUGUUGUGUGGUCCAUCUCUAAUCUGCUCAAGUCAUGCUCUGCCAUCACCUACUGGUGAUGCCUAGAUCCCUCUUAAAGUUUUGAGGAUUUCCAAAAUAGUUGAUCAGAAAGAGAUUGGGGGUUCCCAUAUUGAAUGGUCCUAUUUGGUUCUCCCUGAGAAGCAGCCUGAGAGAUUGGAAGAAAAUUAUAAAUUCUAGUUAUAUCCCUAUGAAGACUUUAGGAUGGGGAGGGCAGGAAGAGAUCCACUGGGUGAAAGAUACACCCUCGAGUUUGGGUGGCCAAGUACGUCCUUGCUUUCUGCUCUCUUUUUGGUCUGGCCUGAUAGACCAGAGAUUAUCUGGCUUAAAAUUUCUUGUCUUUGGUAUGUGAUAAAGUUGUCUUUGGACUGUGCACCCUGUUGGGGGACUGGUAAAGUGGCUGCUAGGGAUGGCCUGGGGCUGAGCCUGAAUAGGGAGAAGGAAGCUCCAAGCUUGCCAGUAGGACACGGGGUAAGUGGAGAACACUAGAUUUGGAGUCAGAAGUUGUGGAUUUGAGUCCCAGCUUACUCUUUUAGUAGCUUGUUGACCUUGGGCAGGUUGCUAUAAAGGGUUAACCUAAGAAGUUUCUAAAAGUAGAUAGCCAAAAGUCUAUUACUUGAGCUUCCUGUUUCUUCAUCUGUGAAACCCAGAUAAUCUUUCUGACUCUUCUUGCAGGAGUAGGAGAUCCCAACAUCUGUGAAAGUAUUCUUUGCUUACAGUAAUUUUCGAUUAUAAAGUGACUAACACAAAUACAAACAGGAAUGAAAUCCCCAGCGAAACCAUGGAAUCCAAAUUAUUUUUUCAAAAAAUACAUAAA